AAUCGGGAGCGGCGAAGCCAUGGCGACCACACGUUCGAUCAUCGUAGCACAAGCUCUGCCUGCGCAACCGUCCCCUCAGGCGGCGAACGCCGCGAAGAAUGCUGGGAUGGUGGGGAUUCCGUCGAGGAGGCAGUGUUUGGUGCUGCUGACCUCCGUCGCGGGGAUGAAGGCGAUGGAAAUGCCUUCGAGAGCCAAGGACAUACCGCUGUUCGGACUGAGGCAAGGGCUGCGGAAGGCGGAGCAGGAGGCGGAGUUGAUUGUGAAGGAAGGUUUCGAGACGGCGGAUAAGGGGAUUGUGGCGGCGGAGAAGGGGGUUGUCGCGGCGGAGAAAGGGGUCGAGGCGGCGGAGAAGGAAAUUGAGACGAUAUUGAGCUUCGGCGGCCUGGCGCAGGCCGGAGUGGUCGCGGCGGCGGAGGUGCUCGGACUAUUGAUUGCCACCGCCGUCGUGAACGGAAUUUUAGGGCCAGAAGCUCAGAAAUCAUGAGAACCAUCACAACAUUGUAAGUACCGCUGUUCUGCUACUGUAUGUUGUUUAUUGUUCCUGUAAUUGCCUAAACCCUAAAUCAAUUGCUACGUAUGCUGCUUAUCGAUUUCAAUAUGCUUAUUGGAAUUCGUUUAAUCUUAUAUAAUGGCAGUGCCUGAAUCUUGAAUUAAA